UUGAGUUUUGUUUUUGGCGGCACUUUGGUAUUCUGAGGUUUCUUUUCGGGAAUUAUCUAAGCCGUUGGGAUGGGUCUAAAUGGUACAAGCUAUGGGAAAUUGCUUCAAAAGACUUGUCAUAUCUACAUCCAUAAAAGAUAAAUCACUCUCUCUGGGACACGGAAUUACUAACAGUGUUGACCUCAAGAUAUCUCAGCCAAUGGACAGGACAUUUGCCUAUACCCCGUUCUUAUCCCCUCGUUCUCAGACUAGCAGGUCUGAGGUAUCUAAUGUGCUACAGAAGAAUCAGAUGCUUCUGGAUAACCGUGUGGACCACAGCCCCCAUUCGAUUCAUUCCACCCGAGUUCCAGCGAACAUGGAAAUAGGUGUCUCACAUCCAUCCGAAAUGAAAACCUCAAAUGAAUGCAAGGUUAUGAAAAAAUACACAAAGCCGACUGACUCUCGACGUUUUGUAGCUCUUUUCGAUUACAAUGCUAGAACUGAAGAAGAAACGUCUCUGUGUAGGAGGGAUGAUGUCUUAAUACUGGCUGAUGAGGAUGCGGACUGGUGGCUGAUACAGAACUUAAGUUCAGGUAGAAAAGGAUACGUCCCAAGUUCAUUCGUUGCUCUAAAAGGAUCAGUUGAAGCUGAAGAAUGGUUUAUGCCUAAAUUGUCUCGUAAAGACUCGGAAAGGUUGUUACUACUUGAAGGUAAUUCACAAGGUGUAUUCUUAGUACGUGAAAGUGAAACUAGUCAAGGUUCCUUAACCUUAUCAGUAAGAGACGAGGAACGCGGAGUAUCCGGUGUUACAAAUACAGUGAAACACUAUCGUAUAAAACAUCCAGAUUAUCGAUAUUAUUAUAUCACAACUAAGUGUAGUUUUUCUAGUCUUCAAGAAUUAGUUCAAUUCUAUUCAGUUGAUUCACAUGGAUUAUGCUGUAAACUGACAAGAGCAUGUCUACGUCCUCCACCAAUAACAUCUGACUUAUCGGUUAAAACAAAAGACCAAUGGGAGAUACCUAAAUCGUCUAUAGUUUUAAUCGAAAAACUUGGAGCUGGACAAUUCGGUGAAGUUUGGAAAGGUACUUGGAAUGGAACUACAGAAGUGGCUGUCAAGACAUUGAAACAAGGUACAAUGACUAAAGAUGAAUUCUUAAAAGAAGCUCGAAUUAUGCGUGCAGCUCAACAUCCUAAACUAGUCCGAUUAUACGCUGUGUGCACAGAAGAUCCUAUAUACAUUGUUACUGAAUUAAUGUGCAACGGUAGUCUAUUACAGUAUCUUCGUGAAGGUGCUGGAAGAAAUUUACAACUCAAUUCUCUAGUUGAUAUGAUGGCUCAGAUCGCCAAUGGAAUGGCAUAUCUAGAGAAAGAGCAUUAUAUCCAUCGUGAUUUAGCUGCACGUAAUAUUCUAGUCGGAGAAAAUAAUUGUGUAAAGAUAGCUGAUUUUGGUUUAGCGCGUAUGGUUGAAGAUCACUAUUCCACGUAUAUGGCACAGAAGAGUACAAAAUUCCCUAUUAAAUGGACAGCCCCAGAAGCUGCAUUAAUGGGUCGAUUUACAAUUAAAUCAGAUGUUUGGUCAUUUGGUAUUGUUAUCUAUGAAUUAAUAACACUUGGUCAAGUCCCGUAUCCAUCAAUGAAUAAUACUGAAACACUGCAUCAAGUUAGUACAGGUUAUCGUAUGCCACGUCCAGCUAAUUGUCCACAACCAAUUUAUGAUAUGUUAUUACAAAUAUGGGAUAGUUGUCCAGAGAAACGACCGACAUUUGCAUUUCUUUUUGAAUUUUUUGAAGAUUACUUUGUUACUUCUUCAGAUACAAAUUAUAAGCAUGCAGCGACGAAUUCGUCUACAAUUGCCUCGAAUGCCACCACCGCGAGUGCGGGUAUUCCUAUGUCUAUCUGUAAUGCUGCUGCUGUUAAUCAUCAUCAUCAUCAUAAUCACCACCACCACCACCACCAUCACACAGAGUUGACACCAACAACUCCACAACAAACACCACCACUAUCAACAAGACCAUCAGUCACCUCGUCGAAUAUUAACGGUAUUCAUUCAGUUGUGUCCAAGUGCUGUAGUGGACGCUUACUUAAAGAUAAAUUGCACCAGAAUACUCAUUGAAGAAAUAACACACAACGAAAGCUUACAUAUUUUGCACUACUAUUAUCAAUUAUUUUCUCCCUCUUUUUUUUUUGUAUACGGUUGGUUGUGCGAUUCACACGCCUACAAAUUGUGAUUGUGAUGCAUUCAAAUUCUACUCAAUCUAUCUACCUGCAAUCAGAUUUAUUUAUAUUUGUAUCAUUUGUUGUUGUUGUUGUUGUUGUUGUUGUCGGGGUCGUCGUGGUGGCCGUUAGGGGUGUCUAUUGUUAUAAUACUACCUUUAUUGUGCAUUUUGCGUUGGAUAAUCUCUCUCCCUCUCCUGCCUCUUCUGCUCUUUAAUCUCGUCCACUGUGAUUUAUAUCAAUAUAUGUGUACACAGACAUAAGAGACAGACUACGUAUGCAUUUUUGCUGUUGUUGUUGAGACCGAUAGCUGACUGUAUACUGUCAGACGACUAUUCAUCACACAAUUAUAAUUCCCUAUGUGUUUGUGAAUUUGACUUAGUAUAACACAUAUGCACUGUCCCCCUCAUAACAGUGUCAGUUAUAUUUGGAAGUUGUGUACCACACUGUAGAGGUAGUUGUUAUGGGCAUUACGUUGACGUGUGUUGUUUGCGUGCUUGUGUAUAUUCUCUACAUCCAACUCAGGGUUAUUAAAAGAAAAAAGCAUUUUACUUGGUUAUUUUUUAUGUUAAUUUCAUUUGAUGAUUGUACAAAUUAUUAUUAUUAUUAUCUUUUCUCUUGUCUAUUUCUCAUUAUUGACUUUCUCAUAUUUUACUUCGUUUAUCUGUCUUUAUCACUUGUAAUUAUGAUUAGUAUUAUUUCGUUUGAUUAUAUUAUAAUAUUUAUUUUCACCGGAAAUCAUGUUUUAUAUGUGUAGUUGUGUGUGUGUAUGUAUGUAUGUAUGUAUGUACGUGUAUAAAGCGCAUUUUAUUUCCUCCCACCUGGAUGGGAGGUGGGGUGCUCACAUGCGGAGAAUAUAUAUAUAUUAUAUCUUAUGUGAUCUGAUCUAAUCAUCAAUUUACUCACUGUACUCCUUUUGUUUUUCUCCUAAAGUUAUUUUCUCUUUAUUUUAAAUGAUGGAAAAAGGCAUAUUGUUCUAAUCUCAACUCUCUUAGGCCUGUCUGUGUACGUACGUGUUGUUGAGCUCGAUGUUAAUUAGGCUUUCCAUUGUCAUUCAGAUAUGACUGACUGGUUAUGUACUUAUAUACAAGUAUAUAUUUAUAUAUUAUUACUAUUAUUAUUAUUAUAUGCAGUACACUUAUCCAGUAUCAUAUAUUCUUAUGAGUUUACAAAGAUAUAGUAUUGAUGGUGAGAUGAUAAUAUAAUAAAUAAUUGUGAUGAUUCUCUAAUAUACUAUUUAUUAUUAUUAUUUUUUGUUUUGAUGAAGAGCAGAAGAUUUCUCCUCUUUUCUUGUGUGUUCCUUUUCUUUUUCAUUCACUUACUUUUGCUUUCUUUUUGUUUCAUUGACCGAAUCAGCUGAUAAUGAUGAUAAUAAUAAUAAUAAUAACGGUGAUUCGUUUAUAUAUAUAUAUAUAUAUAUAUAUAUAUAUAUAUAUAUAUAUGUAUUCUAGGACAUUGAUUAUUACAAUUAUAUAUUCAGAAAAAUUUGUUUCAAAAAAAAGAGAGCUUUUAUUCUCUGUUUCAUCUUGUUUCCUCCCAGAGACCUUUUUGUUAUUAGCUGACUCAGUGAUUGCCCUUACCAGGCGCUUUGAUUCCUUCGUCAUCGUCACACAGUCUCUUUCAUGCCACCCUUGGACACUCAAACUCCGAUGAUGUCACUCAAUGGUGUGUCUCCUCAGCGUGUGUACAACCCAUCCGCAUUUCCUUCGGGAUUUCUGUUAUGUGAUAAGCUCUUGAUUGGUCUGCGGCUUCUUAGAGUUCCCGUCUGUGAAGCUGUGUUGUACAUUAGUUUAGGCUAUAUUGACUUCCAACCAGUGGGUCAUGGGUUCGAGUUCCGCUCCUGCUGUCAAGAUUUUGGUAGUCAGAUAAUAGUGCGGUGUAUGCUACUGACGAGAUUUAUUACUACUAUAUAAGAGA